GGAGAAGCUUCGGACUUUAUCUUUGAUUACCCUUGCCGGAGAGGCGGGAGAUCUUGGCCCGGAGCCGGACAGAGAAACCCCGUCGCCGCCGCCGGAGAUCUGGAGUCUCCCUACCGAGGCGAGUACGGGGCUUCACCGUAGCCCGCGGAAAAUGGCGCCCUGGACGGUGUGGCGCUGCUGCCAGCGCGUGGUGGGAUGGGUGCCGGUGCUCUUCAUCUCCUUCGUGAUCAUCUGGUCCUACUACGCGUACGUGGUGGAGCUUUGCGCGUUUACUAUUUCUGGAAAUGAAGAAACUGGAAAGACCGUUGUUUACCUUGUGGCUUUCCAUCUGUUCUUUGUUAUGUUUGUGUGGUCCUAUUGGAUGACAGUAUUCACAUCUCCCGCUAUCCCCUCCAAAGAGUUCUACUUGUCCAAUUCUGACAAGGAGCGUUAUGAAAAGGAAUUCAGCCAUGAAAGACAACAACAAAUUUUGAGAAGAGCAGCAAGAGACUUACCUAUCUAUACCACAUCAGCUUCAAGAACUAUCAGAUAUUGUGAAAAAUGUCAGUUGAUUAAACCUGAUCGGGCACAUCACUGCUCAGCAUGUGACAAAUGUAUUCUUAAGAUGGAUCAUCACUGUCCUUGGGUGAAUAACUGUGUGGGAUUUUCUAAUUACAAAUUCUUCAUGCUGUUUUUAUUGUAUUCCCUAAUAUAUUGCCUUUACGUGGCUAUAUCAGUUUUAGAGUACUUUAUAAAAUUUUGGACGAAUGAAUUGACAGAUACACGUGCAAAAUUCCACGUACUUUUUCUUUUCUUUGUGUCUGCAAUGUUCUUCAUCAGCGUUCUUUCACUCUUCAGCUACCACUGCUGGCUAGUUGGAAAAAAUAGAACAACUAUAGAAUCAUUUCGUACACCCACAUUUUCAUAUGGAGUUGAUGCACAUGGUUUCUCCCUUGGAUACAGUAAAAACUGGAGACAAGUCUUUGGUGAUGAAAAGAAAUAUUGGUUACUUCCAAUAUUUACAAGUUUGGGUGAUGGUUGCAGUUUUCCAACUCGCCUUGUUGGGAUGGAUCCAGAACAAGCUGCUACAGGCCAAAGUGAACAUUCCAGAAGUAUUGGCUCAAAUCAACCUUUUCCUAUCAGACCACUUAGUGAAUCAAAAAACCGUUUGUUGGACAAUGAAUCUCAAUGGCUAGAGAAUGGAGCUGAAGAAGGUGUUGUCAGAUCAGGGACAAAUAAUCAUGUUACAGUGGCAAUAGAAAAUUGAGUACCACUUGUUCAUAACUAACCAUUUGAUAAAACCAAGGUGUAUAAAAACACAUUGUCGACUGAUAUUUUCAAUUUUAUUUGCAAGAAAAUGAUCAAAGGAAUGAAAUAAUUUGAGUAUAACAGAAGAUAUAUUUUUUAAAAAAGGAAGCCUUUGUACAGUUCGCUGGAUCCACAGGAGCACUACAAGCAGAAUGAUGCCUUAAUUUUAAGUGUCCAUUUGUGCAACAUUGACUCACAGCUCAAAAGUGACUUGAUUUUACUUUGAAAAUAAUACCUGUUACGACAUGCUAUAAUAUGUGCUGUCAUCACUUAUGUGCAUAAGUAUUUUUUUGAUAUCUGAAUUACAAUAUUAGAAUUAUUUCUUGGUAUUCAAUAGGUUCUCACUCCAAAAACACAAACUAAAAACUUGUCUUAAAUGAAGUAUAUCUAGGGUAAAUGGUGGCUGAAAGUGAAUAAUAUCCAAAUUACUGUUGCUUGUACUGUAUAAGAGAAAAAAAAUAACUGCUUUUUUAUUGAGUAUUUGCUAAUUUAUAAUUACUAUUUUAUACUUUUCAACAUUUUUAAUAAAAUUUUUAUUGUUGGCUAUAAUAACACUCAGAAUGAUUCAGAUAUCUAAUCAUUUAGAACAUAGAAUUCAUGGGGAUAAUUUAUUGAUGGCUUAGAAGCAUUAGUACAACCAUGUAGUAUAGUAUAUGCCAAAGGCUUAAAAAAAUCUUGGAAGUGUAAGAAAUAUUUUGGGUACAAUGCUUUUUUUAUUACUUUUUGUUGAACUGUCAGGGGUUAUUUAUAUGGGUAGGGGAGACACAAAGGUAUUUGUGAUAUAGAAAAGUUGGGCACAAUAGGGAUAGAUGGAAGUGGCUAAAAGAAAAAUAAAGAAAAAGGUAGACAGGAUACUGUAAGGUGUUGAAAAAUAUUUUCAAGCCAGAUGUAUUAGUAUACCCAAUCCCAAUUCCUGGGGAGGCUGAGGCAGGAGAAUUGCAAGUUUGAGGUCAGCCCAGGCAAUUU